GUUUAAUCGCGGGAGCUGAAGCGAGGGGGGGGGGAUUCCGUCGGAUCUGCGCAUUUGGAGUCGCCGAAGGACUCCGAGCCGGCCCAGGGUUCAGGAUCCUGCAGCAGCCCCGCCGCCGGGCUCCGGCCCCGCGAUGGCUGCGGCCCGCCCGGGGCCACCCCAGCUGCUGCCCCCGGGGACGCUCCUGCUGCUGCUGCUCUCGCCGCUGUUGCUCCUGCUGGUCCUGCCGGGGGGCUGCCGCGCGUUGGAAGGUGAUGAAGUUGACAAGCCAACACGUUGCACACCAGAAAAAUGUCGCUCUUCUUCUUCUUCUCUCCUCCUCCUUCAAGGAGUGGCUCGGGUCUCAGAAACGUUGAUGGACACCAAAUGGGUGACGUCCGAGUUGGCGUGGACAGCUCAUCCAGAGACCGGGUGGGAAGAAGUCAGCGGUUACGAUGAGGCCAUGAACCCCAUCCGGACCUAUCAAGUGUGCAACGUCCGCGACACCAACCAAAACAACUGGCUGCGCACCCAGUUUAUCCAGCGCCAUGACAUCCAGCGGGUUUACGUCGAACUGAAGUUUACCGUGAGGGAUUGUAACAGCAUCCCGAACAUCCCCGGAUCUUGCAAAGAGACCUUCAAUCUUUUCUAUUACGAAUCGGAUACUGACUCAGCCUCGGCUUCUAGCCCUUUCUGGAUGGAAAACCCUUACAUCAAAGUGGAUACUAUCGCCCCCGAUGAGAGCUUCUCAAAGCUAGAGUCCGGCCGGAUGAACACCAAGGUGCGCAGCUUUGGACCCCUCUCCAAAAACGGCUUCUAUCUGGCCUUCCAGGAUCUGGGGGCCUGCAUGUCCCUCAUCUCCGUACGCACCUUCUACAAGAAAUGUUCCAGCACCAUUGCGGGUUUUGCCGUCUUCCCGGAGACCUUGACUGGGGCAGAGCCGACCUCCUUGGUGAUUGCUCCGGGAACCUGCAUCCCCAAUGCGGUGGAAGUAUCGGUGCCCUUAAAACUCUACUGUAACGGGGAUGGAGAAUGGAUGGUACCGGUAGGAGCUUGUACUUGUGCAGCUGGAUACGAACCGGCCAUGAAGGAGACACAGUGCCAAGCUUGUGGUCCUGGGACGUUCAAAUCAAAACAGGGAGAAGGUCUUUGUUCUCCAUGUCCUCCCAACAGCCGGACAAAUUCUGGAGCUGCCACUCUUUGCACGUGCCGGAAUAAUUAUUUCAGAGCGGAUACCGAUCUCCCCGACAGUGCCUGCACCAGCGUGCCCACAGCCCCCCGCAGCGUCAUUUCCAACGUGAACGAGACGUCCUUAGUGCUGGAGUGGAGCGAACCCCGAGACUCGGGCGGGAGAGAUGACUUGCUGUACAACAUCAUCUGCAAGAAGUGUAGCGUGGAGCGCCGGCUGUGCAUGCGUUGCGACGACAACGUGGAGUUUGUCCCCCGCCAACUCGGCUUGACCGAGAGGCACAUCUACAUCAGCAACCUGAUGGCCCACACCCAGUAUACCUUCGAAAUCCAAGCAGUGAACGGCGUCUCCAGCAAAAGUCUGCAAAACCCCCAGUUUGCCUCGGUCAACAUCACAACCAAUCAGGCAGCCCCCUCGGAAGUUCCCACAAUGCAUCUGCACGGCAGCUCCGGAAGUAGCAUGACCCUCUCUUGGGAGCCCCCAAAGCGGCCCAACGGGAUCAUCUUGGACUAUGAGAUCAAGUACUUUGAGAAGCAAGGCCAGACUGAUGGCAUUGCCAACACCGUCACCAGCCAGAAGAACACGGUGCGCCUGGAAGGACUGAAGCCUAACUCUGCGUUCGUAGUGCAAGUCAGGGCUCGGACAGUGGCAGGAUACGGCCAAUACAGCUUUCCCAUGGAGUUUCGGACGCUGGUUGAUGAUGGCUCCAGUAGCAAGAGCUUCCAGGAACUUCCGCUAAUUGUGGGCUCAGCAACGGCAGGACUCGUCUUUGUGAUAGCGGUGGUGGUGAUCGCCAUCGUCUGCUUCAGGAAGCAGCAAAACAAUACCGAAUCGGAGUACACUGAGAAACUGCAGCAAUACAUUACUCCUGGAAUGAAGGUUUACGUUGACCCUUUCACCUACGAGGACCCAAAUGAAGCUGUCCGGGAAUUUGCCAAAGAAAUCGACAUUUCUUGUGUAAAAAUCGAGGAAGUGAUUGGAGCAGGUGAAUUUGGGGAAGUUUGUCGGGGCCGCCUCAAACUGCCGGGCAGGCGGGAAAUCUUUGUGGCCAUCAAAACGCUGAAAGUGGGCUACACGGAGCGGCAGAGGCGGGAUUUCCUGAGCGAAGCCAGCAUCAUGGGACAGUUUGACCACCCCAACAUCAUCCAUCUGGAGGGCGUGGUCACCAAGAGUCGGCCGGUCAUGAUCGUUACGGAGUUCAUGGAAAACUGCGCCCUUGAUUCCUUCCUCCGGCUGAACGAUGGGCAGUUCACUGUGAUCCAGCUGGUUGGCAUGCUGCGUGGCAUCGCAGCGGGUAUGAAAUACCUCUCGGAGAUGAACUACGUCCAUCGGGACCUGGCUGCCCGCAAUAUUCUGGUCAACAGCAACCUGGUGUGCAAAGUGUCAGAUUUUGGACUCUCGCGGUUUUUAGAGGACGACCCCUCUGACCCCACGUACACCAGUUCACUGGGUGGUAAGAUCCCAAUCCGGUGGACAGCCCCAGAAGCCAUUGCCUAUCGCAAGUUCACUUCUGCCAGCGACGUCUGGAGCUAUGGCAUCGUCAUGUGGGAAGUGAUGUCUUACGGUGAGAGGCCCUACUGGGACAUGUCUAACCAAGAUGUAAUCAACGCAGUGGAGCAAGACUACCGCCUUCCUCCCCCAAUGGACUGCCCCACGGCGCUGCACCAGCUCAUGUUGGACUGCUGGGUACGGGAUCGCAACCUUCGCCCCAAAUUUGCACAGAUAGUGAACACGUUGGACAAGCUAAUCCGGAAUGCAGCCAGCUUGAAGGUCAUCGCCAAUGUCCAGUCUGGCGUGUCUCAGCCGCUCCUGGAUCGCACGGUGCCCGAUUAUACUACCUUCACUACUGUGGGCGACUGGCUGGAUGCUAUCAAAAUGGGACGGUACAAGGAGAACUUUGGCAACGCCGGCUUUGCCUCGUUUGACCUGGUGGCCCAAAUGACCGCUGAGGACCUGCUCAGGAUAGGGGUGACGCUGGCAGGACACCAGAAGAAGAUCUUGAGCAGCAUACAGGACAUGAGGUUACAAAUGAACCAGACUCUGCCAGUUCAGGUUUGACCACGGAGAACGCUGCCUUUGGAACGGAUCCCCCUCCCCCCGAGGGUCACUUCCCUAGGAUUCUAGUUUGCGGUGCUGCCCAGCUUCCUGAGUUUGAGGAAGGGGGGUUCUUCUCCAUCCUCCCCCACCCCGUUAUCGGGGCGGGGAGCUUCUCGGUUUGCCAACAGACCUAUGGCAGAAUGGACUAGGAUGACCCUGGCUAGAUUAAAGACAUUCCCGGAUCAGCAAGAGGUCGCCUUCCUCGUUUUUGCUGUGACGUGCUUGAAGUGGUACGCCAACAAUUCAGCAUCUUCAUAUUGAAGACCGAUUACCGGGGAAGGAACCGUCAAUGGCCUCUCUGCACAUCGUCCCUUUUGUUCACACAAACCGCCGUUCCCUAUGUCUGCCUCCCGCCGUGACGUGGAGGACCUUCAGCCUCCGUGAGCUUUCCUGGUUCAGAGCUCUCAGGCAGCCUUCCUUGGCAUCGUCACCAAACCAGAAAUGUGGCCUUUCCCCUCUGUCCUGGCCAAGAGGAAUCGUUGCGCCCGAACCCAACAAAUGAAGGAAACUCUGAGAGUCACAUCACACCAGGGACCAUGAAACUGGCUGGACAUUUUCCUCUCCGCGGCCUUGACAAUCGUGGGCCAUCCGGAGCCGAUACAAGAUGUAUCUUCUGCCGGGAGUUAAGAGCUGGUUGCUUCUUUGGCCCUGGCACACCGGAGCCCUGGCUUCAGGACAGGACGUUGAGCAAAAUGGCUCUGCCUCGGGCGUUCCGGGCCUUCCUGUCCCAGGGCCUGCCAGCACAAGUUUGCACAAACAUCACACAGAUGGACAGCCAGUGGAGGCAGCUUGCCGGCCCAGCUGGAUUCAAGGGAGGAAAGGCUGCGAGGGGGGCGGGAGGGAAAGUGCAUCCCAGGCCUGCCUCUCCAUCUCAUUUUUAUGCAGGAACGAGCAGGCUCAUGUCAGCCGCACACCCCAUCUCUGUGGAGCGUUUUCUUGACACACGCUGUGAUUGCUGCCAAAAAAAAAAGACUGGAACACUUCCUUUUUCUUUUUUUUUUUCCUUUCUUUUUUUGGUUUCUGGUGGGUUUUUUUUGUUUUUGUUUGUUUGUUUGUUUUGUUGUUUUGUUUUGCUUUUUGCUUUUCUUUUCCGAAAGCCUCUGCAGGCCUGAGCCGUUGGGUAACACGAGGCUGCCUUUGUGAAGCUGGCAAGCUUGCAUGUGUAAGAGUGCGUGUACUGGCCAUCUGGACCGUGCGGCCAUGGCAGAAUAAAGGCAAUAAUAAUUUUACUGAA